ACGUGACAUUUAGCUAGUGCCCUUUCCCCCGCUCCCAGCUUUGAGAAAGGUUGCCGAGUUUUGUGUGUCAUGGCGGACACGUGUGGCCAGGUGCUGUUGGGUAGUGGACUUACCGUCCUUUCCCACCCGUUGAUGUACAUCAAGGUGCUAAUUCAGGUUGGGCAUGAACCCCUCCCUCCCACCAUAGGAAGAAAUAUUUUUGGCAGACAGGUCUACCAGCUGCCAGGACUUUUUGCAUAUGCUAAACACAUCACAAAGAUCGAUGGGAAGUCAGGCCUCUUCAACGGUCUGGCACCCAGGCUCUGCGCUGGAACUAUUGGCACUGUUGUACACAGCAAGGUCCUGCAGAGAUGUCAGAAAGGAGGAAGAGAUGAGGAAACAGGAAGUAGUGAAAAAGGAGAAGGUUCCCUGCAGCAUGUAGUGAAUGAGACUACCAAAGAGAUGAUAGCACGCUCCUGUGCCACGAUUGUCACACACCCUUUCCAUGUGAUCACUUUGAGAUGUAUGGUCCAGUUUAUUGGUAGGGAAACCAAAUACUGUGGAGUGAUUGAUUCUAUCGUCACAAUCUACAAGGAAGAAGGAAUUCUGGGAUUCUUUGCUGGGCUGAUCCCUCGUCUCCUCGGAGAUGUGCUGUCUCUGUGGAUCUGCAACAUGCUUGCCCACCUCAUCAACACCUACGCCAUAGAUGACACUAUGAAUCACAUGGGUGAAAUCAAGAACUGCUCCCAAGCUGUAACCGGGUUCUUUGCCAGUAUGCUCACCUAUCCUUUUGUGUUGGUGUCCAACCUAAUGGCUGUCAAUAACUGCGGGCUGGCUGGUGGCCUGCCACCCUACGCAUCUGUGUAUCCCACCUGGGUAGACUGCUGGAGACACUUGAGCCAAGAGGGGAACAUGAGCAGAGGCAACAGUCUGUUUUUCCGAAAGUUGCCUGCAGGGAAGACGUACGCACUUGAUCAGAAGAGAUUUUUUUAAAGCGGUAGACAACAACAUAGUAUCAUGUUUUAUUAAUAAAAAGCAAAUUGGGACAAAUGGGAGGGGGGUAUCUAAUUCUUUGUAUGCAUUUGUUUACAAUUAUGUACUCAAUUUUUUUUUUUUUAACAUUGUCAAACUGCCACCAGUAAAGCCAUUUAUGCAUUAUUUAAUGACCGUGUGAGCUGCUUUGACUGAGAUAGUAAAGAGCUUUAUUUUAAUAUUUAGGGAUUCGUGUAAAUACGCUGCAGGACUAUAAAGAUACAAAAUUAUUUAACUUUGCGGGUUUACUAUGAUACCUUAUUGAUAUUUCCUUCAGUAUAGUUUCUUGUACAUUUGUUUUUCUGGAUGAGACCAUAUACGGAUUCAAAUGCUCAUAAUUUAUCACCAACAAAUAUAUCUUCCCAUCCAUGAAAUGUUUCAGAUCUGGUGUCAAACAGUCCUUAAAUGGGCAAGAUCUUCUAGUCACUUCCCAAAAUUCAGUUUAGAUGAAAGAUUUAGAAAAAAAGUUCAGGUUGUACAGGACGAUCGUUAGGGAAUUUUUGAAGAUCCAUUUUUCAUUAUAUAAAACAGAAAUUGGUCCGUCUUGUAUCAGUGUGUUGAACUGAUGAACGUAUGUAACCAAGCUGCAUAAUUCAGGUGGUUGACAUUGAAAAAUGUAUGAGUCAAAUGAGCUGUGGUGUGAAGUAGGCAAAAAGUAAUUUCUGGUUUCAGUGAGUCCUAACUGAAAUGUUGAAAAAAUCUCAACCUUCCCCAAAGAGCUGUAAUAUGUAUUUUGUGUUUAACCCAUUGAAUCCUGGUGGUAACCAAAGCUUCCUGCAGUGCACCCUUUUUCAGACUGAUCAAAAUAAACAAAAAUGC